CCCUCCUCCAAACCAAACUAAACCAGCCCUCCUUACCAACAAUAAGGAAAGCAAGAAAGAAAACAAAAACAAAAACAAAAGAAAAUGACCACCCUAACCCCCCAAGAAGCCUCCCUCCUCGAAACCGCCACAAAAACAAUAACCAGCAUCAAACCCUCCAACACGCACAGCGUCGCCAGCGCCGUCCUCGCCUCCGACGGCCGCGUCUUCUCCGCCGUAAACGUCUACCACUUUACCGGCGGCCCUUGUGCCGAACUCGUCGCCCUGGGGAAUGCUGCCGCGGCCGGGGCCGAGGAGCUCACCCAUAUCGUGGCCGUCGAGGAUACCCGGCGUAUCUUGAGUCCCUGUGGACGGUGUCGGCAGGUUUUGUUGGACUUGUGGCCUGGCAUUAGGGUUAUUGUUUUGGGGGAAGAGGGGCCCAGGGUUGUUGGCAUUGCGGAGUUGUUGCCUUUUGCUUAUUCGUGGCCUGGGGAGGAGUAG